ACCCCAAUUUGGUGGUAGACUCACAAAUGCGAAUCCUUUUUAGAAUGCAGCUGGCAAUUAAUGUACAGCUUUCAAGUAAACUUUCUUUAGUGGAAGUAGAGGCAUUGUAUGUUGAUACAGAAGGUGGAUUCAACAUACAUAGAGCACAGGACAUUGCACAGAGCAUGGUGGACAGAAUGAAAGAACGAAGUGCAUCAGAAAACGUACAAUGUCCGACUGCAAAAGAUCUGCUUUCCAAGAUACACUACUUUCGUAUCUACUCUCACUUUGAGCUACUGGCCUUCAUCACAGACUUGCCCGACAUCAUAGAAGCAUACCCCAAGAUUAGAAUCAUUAUCAUCGAUACCAUUACAUUUCAUUUGCGAACCAAUAUUCGAGAUCUCACCACCAAAGGAAAAAUCAUCAAGACCAUACUAGAGCUGUUACGCAAAACGGCUUCCUCAAGCAAUGUAGCUGUUGUCAUCAUGAAUCAGAUGACCACUUUCAAAGAUGGCCGUACCAUUAUACCUGCUUUAGGUGAGCGUUGGGGCCAGAGGAUAGACUGUCGCAUACAACUCUCUGAAGAUUACGACGGAAGAUAUGCUAUUCGUAUCAAGCCUAAAGCAAAAGCGACCCUUCGACAGCCAUUUAGCAUUACGGAAUACGAAAUGCGGAUGGAGACUUGGACGAGACGGUCGAGGAGGAUACCACCAGCACAUCCUUGAUCCAGCUCUCUUCUGGCGUAGCAGAGGUGGACAUUGCAGAGAAAUCAGGCAUUUUGGAUAUGAGUGUACUGAAUGACGAAGAGAACCAAUCGAUUUUAUUCAUCGAUGACAUCCUUCAAGAAGCGACUCAAAACUACGCUGGCCACAAGCGACCAUUUGAAGCCAUUGAUGACGACGAUCAAGAGUAUUCCGAUGCAGAUGUCCUUUGUUUUGCUUCACAAGACUACUUUUAGAGCAGAUGUAAUGAUCUGAUUUGUAAAUACAUUCUAUAAUUCUACAUUUUUGUUAGCUUGCCGGUAGGCUUCAUCC